GAGGGAAUGAAAUAGGGACAAGCUGUCUAGCGUUUCCUAAGCGUAUCAGAGAGCUUGCUGAUUUAUAACAGUUUUGUUUGUUUCAAUUCCAAAUUUGACUUUUGUUUUUCCUCCUCUAGCAUCUCUACAUUGCUAAGACACUGGAUACUGGUUCCUUUAUAGGAAGAAAAAGCUAAAUUCCUCUACAACUCAGAAUGGGGAAAGAUUAUUAUUCUAUUCUGGGAAUUGAAAAGGGGGCUUCUGAAGAGGAUAUCAAAAAAGCUUACAGAAAACAAGCCCUUAAAUGGCAUCCAGAUAAGAACAAAUCUCCCCAUGCAGAGGAGAAAUUCAAAGAGGUUGCAGAAGCUUAUGAAGUGCUGAGUGAUCCCAAGAAGAGAGACAUUUAUGAUCAGUUUGGGGAGGAAGGGCUGAAAGGAGGAGCUGGAGGACCUGAUGGACAAGGCGGUACCUUUCGGUACUCCUUCCAUGGUGACCCACAUGCUACAUUUGCAGCUUUCUUUGGUGGCACAAAUCCUUUUGAGAUCUUCUUUGGAAGGAGGAUGCCUGGUGGCAGAGACACUGAAGACAUGGAAGUGGAUGGUGAUCCAUUUGGAUCCUUCACUAGCUUUAGUAUGAAUGGUUUUCCAAGGGAAAGGAAUACAGUUGGUAGCCAACUACGUCGUAAGCAAGAUCCCCCUGUCAUCCAUGAACUUAAAGUGUCAUUGGAAGAGAUCUACCAUGGCUGCACAAAAAGGAUGAGAAUUUCCCGUAAAAGGCUGAACCCAGAUGGUAGAAGCGUCCGAACAGAGGACAAAAUUCUCACUAUUGAGAUAAAAAGAGGAUGGAAAGAAGGCACCAAAAUCACCUUUCCAAAAGAAGGUGAUGAAACACCCAACACAAUUCCAGCUGACAUUGUUUUUAUUAUUAAAGAUAAACCUCACUCACACUUCAAGAGAGAUGGAUCAAAUAUAAUCUACCCUGUUAAGAUCAGCUUAAGGGAGGCUUUGUGUGGCAGCUCAAUCAAUGUGCCGACAAUAGAGGGAAGAACCAUACCCAUGACAGUAAAUGAAGUUGUAAAGCCUGGAAUGAGAAGAAGAAUUAUAGGAUAUGGCUUGCCAUUCCCCAAAAAUCCUGACCAACGUGGAGACUUAAUUAUAGAAUUUGAAGUAAUUUUCCCAGAUAACAUAUCUCCAGCAUCAAAAGAAGUACUUAGGCGAAAUCUUCCUGUUUCAUAAAGUGAAAACUGUGUAUGUCAAAACUAUUUAAACAGGACACUGAAGAUGCAGAAGACUGGCAAGUCUGUGCUUUAAAAGUGCAAUCUGUAACAGCUAGUGGAAUAUUUGGGGUUUUUUUUUUGUUGUUUUGUGGG